AUGAUAAUAGAUAGUCUAGCAUUACUUGCAACACUUGCAUACAAUGAAAUGAGUAGAAACACACAGAUGUGUAGUAUUCAUGGUAAUAACUACAUGUUUGUAACUGAACAAAGUUGUCACUGGAAUGGCACGUCUGGUUGCAGGCCAUAUUUUUUUUAUCCACCAAGUUGUUAUUCUUUUCUGCUCUGCAUCUCCUGAGAUUAUAAAAGCUUGUGUUUGCCUGUGAAAGUUUGCAGACCCCCAGACAACAGCUGACAAGUCUGUAAGGAUAAUCUUAAGGGGCCUUAAAUAUAUUGUAAAUAAGUGAUUCUCAAACUGUGAGCCAGGGUGCUGCGGUGGGCCGAGGAGGUAGGCUAUUCCAAGUGGGCCCUGAAAUAAUUUUCUAAAAAUCUAAAUAAUAUUUGUGUGUGUUUUGCUGAUGACUGUUUGUUUGAGUUGUGUUGUUCAUUCUGUCAGAGGUGGGCCGUGAACAUUUGUGGAAAUUUCAAGUGGGCCCCAAGUUGGAAUAGGUUUGGAACCAAUGCUGUGUAUUGUGUUCAAUGUAUAAUGAAUACCUGUGCAGAAGAACAUAAUGAUGUAUCAAUGAGGGUGAAGGCGAAUAGAAAUCAUGAAAACAAAGCACCUGAAGAUCCUGUGCUGAGGUGUUGUGGUUUCAAGGAGAAGACUUGGCAAUGAUAAGGCUAUUUUGUAAAGCAGCUUUAUUUCAGAUAAACAGCAUCACCAAGACCUAUCAGAUUUCGGCAGGCUGUAGUGUGCUAAACAGAAAUACAUUUCCUUUGAGGUAGAGUCCUUAUUUUAAGGGAUCACAUUAGCUUUGCAAACAAGUGGCACUGAAAAACAAUUGACCAAAAUAAAUGUUUCUCACCUCUCUUCUGAAUUAAGGCCUACAUUGGACAUUUAAAAUAGGCCUGUUGCCAAAUUCUGAAUCCCCAUGUUAUGUGCCAACUAUUUUUGCAUUUAUGAAAUUAACUGAGUGCAAAAUGAUAUGUUGAUGCUGGAUAUGUUGUGCAUUAUAGUCACGUUUUAGUGAAUGUGAGAGGCUAUAAUAUUAUGUGGUCAGGUCCUCCGUUCACUCAUCGCAGUCCUGCGGCGUAUGAUUGCAAACAAACUGCGUCACGUUGCACAGGGGGCGGGGCGGCGUAAGGAGGUGUGUGUAUCUAUUUCUGACAGUUCGUCCUUUUCCUUAAUAUUCCUACACGAUACAAACUAUCCAGUGUUUUAUAACCAAAUACCAACGUACACAACAUUCAUUUAUUUCGUGCGGCACUGAUACGCCAAUUCAUAGCCUCUGUGAUAAAAAUAGCUCAGCGAUGUGCUAUGGUGCUAGCCUUUUCUACGGUCUCUAGCCCUCCCCUUCCAAGGUUUCCAGGCUGCUCAUGUUCUCUACGAACCAAGACCCGUGUAUAACAACAACAAGCCGUUAGCCAAUCGGAAUUCGACCCAGCUUGGCUCGCGCUGCCUGGCACUGCGGGCGACGUAGACCCAAUGCAAACAUGCCUGAAGUUCCUGCACGAGAGAGUGAGCUACCCGAAAAAACACCAAAGAAAAGACCAUUGCAGGACAUAUACAAUUACCACCCCAGAAAGAAAUUUUGCUGGGGAAUAUUAACCAGUCAAGGCUCCUGGGCUGACCGCUCCCCACUCCAUGAGGCAGCAUGUCAAGGUCGUCUUCUGUCCCUCAGGACUCUGCUCUCUCAGGGGUACAAUCCAAAUAUAAUCACUAUUGACCAUGUGACCCCACUUCAUGAGGCCUGCCUUGGGGACCACGUGGCCUGUGCAAGGGCACUCAUUGCAGCAGGUGCAAAUGUGAACGCAAACACAAUUGAUGGGGUGACCCCAUUGUAUAACGCCUGUUCUGCUGGCAGUGCCACAUGUGCAGAAGUCCUUUUGGAACAUGGUGCCACACCUCAGGCUGAACAUUGUAAGCCUUCACCUAUACAUGAGGCAACAAGCAAAGGCCAUGCAGCAUGUGUGGAAGCAUUACUUGCAUGGGGUGCAGAUGUAGACUACGUGAUUCCACAUCUUGGCAGUCCUCUCUAUAUUGCCUGUGUGAGGCAGGAGCUCCAAUGCACACGGGCACUUCUGCAUGGCGGGGCCAAUGUGCAGCAAGGGCACUUCCUUGAGACUCCUUUACACGCCGCCGCUCAAAAGGACUGCACUGAGGUGAUAAAAGUUCUGCUGGAAUUUGGGGCCAAUAUAAAUGCGAAAAACAGUGAACAGAAGAGGCCAGUGGAAACAGCACCCCCUAGUGGUUCAGCAGAGGGCCUGCUGCUACUCCACGAAGCAACACCUCAGUCUCUGUUACAACUGUGUCGCCUGGGCAUCCGGGACCACAUGGGUCGCUCCAGGCACCACCUGAUUAAUCAACUAAAGCUUCCCACACUGCUCAAGAAAUUUCUUCAGUAUAGAUAGACGGCCAACACGGAACACCUCCUUCCUCCUCUUGUUGCCUUCUGUCCAUUUCCCUUUCCUAUCUCUCCCUGUGUCUCCGUCUCUGUCGUCCGUCCAUCCGUCUGUACCCCCCGCCUCUUUUUCUGUGUCUUUGUGUGUGUCUCUCUCUCCGCCCUCCCUCCUUUCUCUGUGUGAUUUCUGUUUGCAUUUCACUGUAAAUCUUUGUGUUUCUCAGUGGCCUGUAUAUUUUACUGUCACAUGCCAUCUCACAAUGCACAUUAUGUUUUUUUUAUCAGUGUCAUAAAACCUACACAGUUGCUAAUGUCAGUGAUGGGUCAUAGGAUUUAUGCUUGGGCCUUUAUUAAGAUAAACAAGAAAGCGUAUAGCCAGACAAAUGUUACAAAUGGAAGGAAAUAAAAAUACAUACAAUUUCAUAUGUCCAGAGAAAAAAUUAGAUUAUGCAUAGGAUGGCCUUCCUGAGGCUGCCUGCGCACUACUGGCUAACUGUAUUGUACCCUGUAUUUUGAUUGUGCAUCUUUCCUCUGGACAUCUAAGUCUUCAUGCCACAAUAUGUUAAUGUUCCUUUUGAAUGUCGAUGCUGAGGUAUUCAGUAGCCAUCACACUGCUUUAGUGCACAUAGUAACGGAUAAUGAAUAGAAAAGAGUUAACACUGUCUGUGAACUCAGUUAACAUCACUGGAGAUUAAGUAUUUCAUUUAAAAUGGUUUAUGAUCACAUUUCAUGUAACUUACAUUGCACUACACUUAAUAGAUUUGUUUAUCCUAAGUGGCCUAUAAGUGCAAUAUCCAAGCGUUCAGCCUACCUGUGUUGUAUUUGUGCAGCUAUCAUGUUCAUUUCACCAUGGCUGAUAGGACAUAUCUGAGUUAAGCCAUGCCUUUCUUACACUGUCAGGUCCUCCCUGAAACUUCUCUCUAACGUAGUGUUUUAUUUCAACACGGGUCCCUAUACUUCACAAGUUUGAUUGUGGUUGUCCAUAAACCCCUCACUCAAGUUUGUGUCUUGAGUUCAGUUAAAGUGAAAUUAGAGUUCCCUUACUGAAGAAAAACAUUUUCCUAAUAAAGAUACACAUUCUAAAUUGUUUUACAUUCAGUCUGACAUUGUUUGAAUUUGACAUUAGAGCAUAAGUUUUCCCGUUAUACUCAGGAAAUAAUUGAACAAAUGUGUAUGAUAAAGCCAAAAUAAUUCUAAGUGUUCAGAUGAAUACUAUAUAGGAUGUGAAUUUCACAUCCUAUAUAUUCAUUUGAACACUAAGUAUAGUUGCAAAUCCUGCUCAUUGUGUUCUACUACUUACUGAUAUUGUACACUGUCAUAGCGCCAUUGUAACAUGCAAAAUGAGAUCAAGUAUGAUCUUUUUCUUUGUUGGUUGUUUAUGAAAGACCUAUUGUGUAUACAUUUUACCUGAUCAGUCAUUAUUAAGAUUUUUUUUUUUCAGUUUGUGAAUGUCAAUAAAUAAAUAUGAUGUUAUAAAGA